AUGGAGAAGCAGCAGCCGACGCCGCUCGUCUCCGCAACAAGCCGUCCCUGGUUCCGCCUCGCUUCACAGGUCCGUGUGGACCCACUCGUCCUUGACUCCGCGGUUCCACCCCCUCCUCCUCCGCCUGCUCCCGAGAGGCCGCCCUUGCGUAGCCUCCGCAGCUUACCAAGUGCAAGCCCGACCAUGGCCCCGGCCAGGGAGCCCGAUCCGGCCCCCCUUUCCCCGCUCCAGAGCCCAUUGCCCCCUCCGUCGAAGGGCGACCCAGUGCCACCAGCACAGAAACAGCAGCCCACCCCGGGCGAGGGACCGGCGCCGCCGCCGCCGGCGUCGUCCCUGCCAGUCCAAGCACUGACUCCCUGGGUCCAAACGCCUUCCCCGUCGCCCAAGGACAUCGGCCCAUCCGUACCCACACCGCCAAGCGAUGUCCUCAAUCCACCCUCGUCUGCCACAGUCGGGCAGGAGAAGCGGCCCUCUCCUCAGGUCGCCGCUGCUCCCCUUGAAAUUCUCCGUUUCCCCCAAACCCCGCACCCGGAACCGGAAACGAAGCCUGUUGUGUCUUCUGAGCCGAAGCCCACGCCCACAGCCGUUAAUGGCCCUUCCGAGAACGACGAUCACCCUGACGACAGCAAGUUGAAGUGGGCGACGACAGGAGGCGGCGAAAAGGACGCCACUGCCCCUUCUUCGACUCCUCAGGACAGUUCCAAUGUGAAGAAGAGGGACACGGCCGUUGCAGCGGCCCCGCGCAGGAAACCCGCUGACGACGGGACGGAGCGCGGGGUGAGUGUGUUGACCUUGGCCGGGGACAACAUGGGCGCCUGCAUGGACUUGAGCGGCGGCGGCGGCCACCGCGGCGAGAGGAAGAAUCAUGGCCGCCGUCUUGCAGAAAGCACGAAGAAUGUUGCGCCGGGGACAACCGGAGGGAAGCCGCUCGUAGAGGACGAAGUGAAGGGAGCGUUUAAAUCGAAGGCAGGCGCAUCGUCGAGCAAGCCGCCGCCCAUGGUGGCACUGGUGAACAGCAAUGUACAGAGCGUCAACAACUCCGUCAUGCUCAACAGCUCCUGCGUGCAGCAGAGCCCAGGUGUCUACAUUACCCUCUCCAGCGGCAGGCGCGCCCCUCGCCCACGGCCGCAGAAACAGUAG